AUGAUUCGUUUCAAAGGUAGAUCCAGCCUCAAGCAGCAUAUGCCACAAAAACCCAUAAAACAUGGAUACAAAGUUUGGAUAAUGGCAAAUGAAACUGGUUAUGUUUCCAAAUUUCAGCUUUAUACUGGGAAAAUCAGUCAGGAGGUAGAAAAGUGUCUAGGUGCCAGAGAUGUAAAACACCUUAGUUCAGAAUUAACAGGAAAGCAUCACAAGCUGUACUUUGAUAAUUAUUUUACUUCUGUACCCCUGAUGCUCGAUCUGAAGAAACAAGGAAUAUAUGCCUGUGCGACAGUGAGGAAAGGCAGAGCUGGGUUCCCAAAAGACUUCGAAAAUGAAAAGAACAUGUCCCGCGGAGAGUUCCAGUUUCGUUGUAGUGGCCAAGGUAUCACGGCAUUGGUUUGGAAAGAUCGUAAACCAAUACAGUUUCUUUCAAACUUCCACAACAUUGAAAAUAUGAACACAGGAUCUCGGAAAUCCAAAGAUGGUUCUCGCACAGAAAUAUUGUGCCCAGAUAUUGUAAAGGAUUACAAUACCUAUAUGGGGGCUUGUAGAUAA